AUGUCGCUCUUCCCACUCGUCUCGCCCAUCAGGAACACGAACAAAUUGAUACGCAGCUCGGCUUUAGGGGUACACGGCUCGCCCCCGUACACCCUCAUCAACGCGGACGCGGCCGGGCGCACGGGAAACUGGGUGCCCGAGCCCAACGAUGUCGAGAUCCACGACGUCCGCGGGGACGAGGCCGCCUUCACGCUCGACACCGCCGGCUUCCAGUUCUUCGCGGGCGCCCCCGACCACACGUCGUUCACCGACGACGCCGACAUCCGCGCCAAGUACUACUCCGAGAGCAUCGCGCUGCUCAAGCUCCUGACGGGCGCGCGCCGCGUCGUGCCCUUCGACCACACCGUCCGCCGGCGCCGCCCCGGCGAGCGCGACGACGCCCCCGACAGGCGCCAGCCCGUGCCCCAGGUGCACAUCGACCAGACCGCCGCGUCCGCCGCCGCGCGUAUGCACCGGCACCUGCCCCCCGCGGACGUGCCCGCACUCCUGCGGCGGCGCUUCCAGAUCCUGAAUCUCUGGCGGCCGCUCGGGCACCCCGCGCGCGACUGGCCACUCGCGCUGUGCGACUUCCGCAGCGUCGACCGCGCGCGGGACGUCGUGCCCAUUACGCUGCGGUACCCGGACCACAAUGGGGAGACGUACGGCGUGCGGUUCGCGCCGGGGCACCGCUGGUGGUACAUGCGCGGGAUGCGGCCCGACGAGUUCGUGUUGAUUAAGUGCUUCGACUCGCAGGAUGACGGGCAGACGGCGGUCUUCACGCCCCACACGGCUUUCGACGACCCGACAACGCCAGAAGGCGCCCCGUUCAGGGAGUCCGUCGAGCUCAGAAUGCUGGUUAUUUACUAG